UUGUCUGUCAACCUUCCAAUUGCCAAAGGUUUUCUCGUGCUCGUUCUUCAAUUUUAAAGUUGAAUUAAAAUACAAAUUAUUAAUAAGAAAGUUACUGUAACUUAAAAUCAUGCCAGAAGUAUCUCUUAAAGACACUAUUAUCACAUCGCUGAACGCACAAGAACCAUGGCCAGACAAUGUGAAACUGUUCCAACCUUACGAGGUGGAGCAAAUCUUGCUCCCGGAUAAUGCUAGCUGUUUAGCAGUUCAAGCUUUCUUAAAGAUGUGUAAUCUACCGUUUGAAGUUGAAAUGCGGUGGAAUGCAGAGUUCAUGUCACCGUCUGGUCGGGUACCAUUCAUAAAGUGUGGAGCAUUUGUUGUGUCUGAGCUGGAGCCGAUUGUGCAGUUUGCUGCCAAUAAGGGUGUGACAUUAUGUUCUAAACUAUCAACUGAGGAGAGGGCUGAGAUGAGAGCUUAUAUGAGUCUCAUUACCAAUGUUCUGGUUAAUGCUGAGCUAUACAUAUCGUGGGUAGAUCAAGAAACAUUCAAUACGGUGACGCGCGUGCGCAACUCAUCGGUGUAUCCCUGGCCGUUGGGCUGGUUACAGACCAGGUCUAAGCGUUCUAGCGUUAUAAAACGAUUGAAAGCGUUACACUGGAACGAUAAAACAUUAGACCAAGUUUUGGCAGAUGUUGAACAGUGCUGCAAUUCGCUGAGCCAACGUUUAGGUGACAGAGACUACUUCUUUGGCACUCCAACAGAACUCGACGCUCUUGUAUUCGGUCACGUGUUCACAAUCAUCACGACGCGACUGCCUUGUCGCAAGCUCGCGGACACGGUCCGGCGUCACGAGACGCUCGUCGCACUCGCAAAGCGCAUCGACGAACAAUACUUCAAGCGGCCAUAGCGCGAGAUUUUCAAGGACAUCUCCACCGUCUUUCGAAGUCCUUGAAAUUUCUCUGAACUGUCAUUGUGUUUAUCUUGAAUAGACAAUGUUUUUCAUUCCCAGUAAUGGAUACCAAAAAAUCUAAAGUUGCUUCAAGUUUAUUUUUAUAACGGCCAGUUCUAUUCCUUUUGUAGCCUUUCUUGACAUUAAUACUGUAAAAUAAUUUGUACAGACCAUAAAUAGAAACGUCAAAAUAGUGGCAAUGUUUAUUAAUAGUCUGUUGUUUAAUUUAAGUUAAAGGAAGUUGUCACAAUGUGUUUGUUUUGUACAAAUUAUAUUUAUGACAUCGAUCUACUUUUGUAGUUAUCAUCAAAAAGUAUUUCUUUUUUGUGUGAAAUAGAUAUGCACUGGUUUUAAAGCAAAGAGUUGGUAAAGUAAUACUUAUUUUCGCUGUUGUAUGUAGUUAGUGUGAAAUUUUAUUAUAAGAGCUAUUUUUAGAAUUAUUUUUAAUUAGUAGGCUUUUAUUAUGUAAGUAUUAUAGAUAAUAUUAUGUAAAAGGAAUGAAUGAUAAAAUUUAAUGAACGAAUGAAUGGGAAAACUAAGUUAUUACUUAUAUAGAGGUUGGUCUGUAUAAUUCGUAACCUAUUCGUUAAAACAUAUACGUGUUAGGUACAACUAUUAUUGGAUUUUUAAUAAAAGAAUCUAAUAUGUAUUCGGAAUUUAAAUUAAUAAUAACAAAACAAGUAUAAUUACUUAAAUCAUAGUGAUUAUGUGGUACUCAUAAAGUAAGCAGUUACAAAUAUCGGUAACUUGAAAUAUGCUUAAAAUAUAUCACUGUGUCGUCCUAAUAGUCUUGUUGUUGCUAGUAAUAUUCAUUCGAUCUAAAUUUUAUUGUUAAAUUAUAUAAUAUAAAUGAUUUUUCUGCCUUCGUCUAUCAUUUAAUUAAAUAAAUUAAAAUUAAUUUUUACGUACACUAAAUUUCAAUAGCAGGAGGAGUAACGAAAAACUACUCUCAAAUUUAGCUAUGCCAUGGGAUUUGCUAUUAGCUCAUUUAUUUAUUUAUUUAUUAAUAUUAAAUUUAAUUUUGUUUAUUGGACAACGUUCAAAUAGCCAAUUUUUUUCACAAAUCCCCAGUGAAUACCACAUAUUCGAUCUCGACCAAUGAAAUCAUGUAAAUUCAAGGUCAAUCCUGAUUAUUGAUAAAUACUCGUCUCCUUACUCGUCAUGCUAUUGGAAUCGGCAAUAAUUUUAAUUUUUGUUCUUUUUUUUUG